AUGGCGGAUCGGACAGCUCCCAGCUGCCAGCUCCGGCUGGAGUGGGUGUACGGGUACCGGGGUCACCAGUGCCGCAACAACCUGUACUACACCGCCGGCAAGGAAGUGGUCUACUUUGUGGCUGGCGUCGGUGUGGUUUACAGCACCCGCGAGCACAGCCAAAAAUUCUUCUUGGGACACAACGACGACAUUAUCAGCCUUGCCUUACACCCAGAUAAAACCCUUGUUGCAACUGGCCAAGUUGGGAAGGAGCCAUAUAUAUGUAUAUGGGACUCCUACAAUGUCCAGACUGUGUCUAUUCUUAAAGAUGUCCAUACACAUGGAGUCGCCUGCCUGGCUUUCGACUCGGAUGGACAGCGUUUAGCCUCUGUGGGAUUGGAUGCCAAAAACACAGUCUGCAUUUGGGACUGGAGGAAGGGAAAACUUCUGGCCUCAGCCACUGGCCACUCCGACCGGAUUUUUGAUAUUUCUUGGGAUCCGUAUCAGCCAAACAGAGUGGUUAGCUGUGGAGUGAAACACAUAAAGUUUUGGACACUAUGUGGAAAUGCCCUGACUGCAAAAAGAGGGAUAUUUGGCAAAACAGGGGAUCUUCAGACCAUCCUUUGCCUUGCAUGUGCCAAAGAAGACAUCACCUACUCUGGUGCUUUAAAUGGCGACAUCUAUGUCUGGAAAGGGCUCAAUUUAGUCCGCACCAUUCAAGGAGCACAUAGUGCUGGAAUCUUCAGCAUGUAUGCUUGCGAAGAAGGCUUUGCCACUGGUGGACGAGAUGGGUGUAUACGAUUAUGGGAUACUGAUUUCAAACCCAUAACCAAAAUUGAUCUCAGGGAGACAGAACAAGGAUAUAAAGGCCUCUCUAUCCGGAGUGUGUGCUGGAAAGCAGACCGCCUUCUAGCAGGGACCCAGGACAGCGAGAUAUUUGAAGUGAUUGUGCGAGAACGGGACAAGCCAAUGCUGAUCCUGCAGGGCCACUGUGAGGGGGAGCUCUGGGCUCUGGCCCUGCACCCCAAGAAGCCGCUGGCUGUGACAGGCAGCGAUGACCGCUCUGUCAGGCUGUGGAGCCUGGCAGACCAUGCCUUGAUCGCCCGCUGUAACAUGGAGGAAGCGGUUCGAAGCGUUGCUUUCAGCCCUGAUGGAUCUCAGUUGGCCCUGGGCAUGAAGGAUGGAUCUUUCAUUGUUCUCCGAGUCAGAGAUAUGACAGAAGUGGUUCAUAUCAAAGAUCGAAAAGAAGUCAUUCACGAAAUGAAAUUUUCUCCAGAUGGUUCUUAUCUGGCAGUGGGAUCCAAUGAUGGCCCAGUAGAUAUCUACGCUGUCGCCCAGCGGUAUAAGAAAAUAGGAGAAUGCAACAAGUCUCUCAGUUUCAUCACACACAUCGACUGGUCUUUGGAUAGUAAAUACUUGCAAACUAAUGACGGUGCUGGAGAACGGCUGUUCUACAAAAUGCCAUCUGGGAAGCCUUUAACAAGUAAAGAAGAAAUCAAAGGGAUUCCCUGGGCCUCCUGGACAUGUGUGAACGGCCCAGAAGUGAGUGGGAUUUGGCCAAAAUACACUGAUGUCACUGACAUCAACUCAGUGGAUGCAAAUUACAACAACUCAGUACUGGUGUCUGGAGAUGAUUUUGGACUGGUUAAAUUGUUUAAGUUUCCUUGUCUCAAGAAAGGAGCCAAAUUUAGAAAGUAUGUGGGUCAUUCUGCACAUGUCACGAACGUCCGCUGGUCUCAUGAUUUUCAGUGGGUAUUAAGCACAGGAGGGGCUGACCACUCGGUUUUCCAGUGGAGAUUUAUUCCAGAAGGUGUCAGCAAUGGCCUGCUGGAAACAGCACCCCAGGAAGGUGGCUCCGAUUCCUAUAGUGAAGAAUCUGAUUCGGAUUUAUCUGACGUGCCGGAGUUGGACUCUGAUAUUGAGCAAGAAACUCAAAUCAAUUAUGAUCGCCAGGUUUACAAAGAAGAUCUACCUCAGCUAAAGCAACAAAGUAAAGAGAAAAACCAUGCAGUGUCCUUCCUCAAACGAGAAAAGGCUCCUGAGGACAGCUUGAAACUCCAGUUCAUACAUGGCUAUAGAGGCUACGAUUGUAGAAACAAUCUGUUCUACACACAAGCUGGAGAAGUGGUCUAUCACGUUGCUGCAGUUGCUGUCGUGUACAAUAGGCAACAACACUCCCAGAGGCUGUACCUGGGACACGAUGAUGACAUUCUCAGCCUGACCAUCCAUCCAGUGAAGGACUAUGUGGCCACUGGGCAGGUUGGGAGAGAUGCUGCUAUUCAUGUGUGGGACACGCAGACUCUAAAAUGUUUGUCACUGUUGAAAGGACAACAUCAGAGAGGAGUGUGUGCGCUCGAUUUUUCAGCCGAUGGAAAAUGUCUGGUGUCGGUUGGUUUAGACGAUUUUCACAGUAUUGUAUUUUGGGACUGGAAAAAGGGAGAAAAGAUAGCCACCACCAGAGGACAUAAAGAUAAGAUAUUUGUGGUAAAGUGUAACCCACACCAUGUUGACAGACUGGUUACAGUUGGGAUCAAGCACAUCAAAUUCUGGCAACAAGCAGGUGGGGGCUUCACCUCUAAAAGAGGAAUUUUUGGAAGUGUUGGAAAGUUAGAAACAAUGAUGUGCAUUUCUUAUGGGCGAAUGGAAGAUCUGGUGUUCUCAGGAGCAGCUACUGGAGAUAUUUUUAUUUGGAAGGAUAUUCUCCUACUAAAGACAGUGAAAGCUCAUGACGGGCCCGUGUUUGCUAUGUAUGCAUUGGAUAAGGGUUUUGUAACAGGUGGAAAGGAUGGAAUUGUGGAACUCUGGGAUGAUAUGUUUGAAAGAUGCUUGAAGACUUAUGCCAUUAAAAGAGCAGCAUUGUCAACCAGCUCAAAAGGCUUGCUUUUGGAAGAUAACCCUUCAAUUCGUGCCAUCACUUUGGGACAUGGACAUAUCCUGGUGGGAACAAAAAAUGGAGAGAUCCUGGAAAUUGAUAAGAAUGGCCCAAUGACACUGCUCAUUCAGGGGCACAUGGAAGGAGAAGUAUGGGGGCUGGCGGCUCACCCUCGCCUGCCUGUCUGCGCAACAGUGAGCGACGAUAAAACACUGCGGAUCUGGGAACUAUCCUCCCAGCACCGUAUGCUGGCAGUACGGAAACUCAAAAAAGGUGGAAGAUGCUGUGCUUUCUCCCCUGAUGGGAAAGCCUUAGCAGUUGGCUUGAAUGAUGGGAGUUUCCUGGUUGUAAAUGCCGACACUGUUGAAGACAUGGUCUCCUUCCAUCACAGAAAAGAAAUGAUCUCUGACAUUAAAUUUUCAAAAGAUACAGGAAAAUACCUUGCUGUGGCGUCCCACGAUAACUUUGUGGAUAUUUACAACGUCCUUACAAGCAAAAGGGUUGGCAUCUGUAAAGGUGCUUCUAGUUACAUUACACACAUUGACUGGGACUCUAGAGGGAAAUUGCUGCAAGUUAAUUCAGGUGCCAAAGAACAACUCUUUUUUGAAGCUCCAAGAGGCAAACGGCAUAUAAUAAGACCUUCAGAGAUUGAGAAGAUAGAGUGGGACACUUGGACCUGUGUGCUGGGGCCCACCUGUGAGGGCAUCUGGCCAGUGCACAGUGAUGUGACUGAUGUCAAUGCUGCCAGUCUCACCAAAGACCAUUCCCUCUUAGCCACAGGAGAUGAUUUUGGUUUUGUGAAGCUUUUUUCAUAUCCUGUCAAGGGCCAGCACGCGAGAUUCAAGAGGUACGUGGGGCACAGUGCCCACGUCACCAACGUGAGAUGGCUGCACAACGACUCUGUGCUGCUCACGGUGGGCGGUGCCGACACGGCCCUGAUGAUCUGGACGAGGGAGUUUGUGGGGACCCAGGAGAGCAAGCUGGUGGACAGUGAAGAGUCGGACACUGAUGCAGAGGAGGAUGGAGGCUACGACAGUGACGUUGCUAGAGAAAAGGCCAUCGAUUACACCACCAAGAUCUAUGCUGUGAGCAUCAGGGAAAUGGAAGGCACCAAACCACACCAGCAGAUGAAAGAAGUUUCAGUGGAAGAAAGGUAUGGUGUUGCCAGGGGAUCCAGACCACCCGUUAGCAGAGCAGCUCCCCAGCCUGAGAAACUCCAGAAGAACAGUAUCACCAAAAAAAAGAAACUGGUUGAGGAGCUGGCUCUCGACCACGUGUUUGGCUACAGAGGGUUUGACUGCCGCAAUAACCUGCAUUACCUGAAUGACGGUGCUGACAUCAUCUUCCACGCAGCUGCGGCCGGCAUCGUUCAGAACCUGUCCACAGGGAGCCAGAGCUUCUACCUGGAGCACACAGAUGACAUCCUCUGCCUCACGGUGAACCAGCACCCCAAGUACAGAAACGUGGUGGCCACCAGCCAGAUAGGAGCAACACCUUCCAUCCACGUGUGGGACGCCAUGACCAAACACACCCUCUCCGUGCUGCGGUGCUUCCACUCGAAGGGGGUGAAUUACAUCAACUUCAGCGCAACCGGGAAGCUGCUGGUGUCAGUGGGCGUGGACCCCGAGCACACCAUCACCGUCUGGCGCUGGCAGGAGGGUGCCAAGGUUGCUAGCCGAGGGGGCCACCUGGAGCGCAUAUUCGUGGUGGAGUUUCGCCCUGACUCAGACACGCAGUUUGUGUCUGUCGGAGUCAAGCACAUGAAGUUCUGGACCCUGGCAGGCAGUGCCCUGCUUUAUAAGAAAGGGGUCAUCGGGUCCAUGGAGGCUGCCAAGAUGCAGACGAUGCUCUCCGUGGCCUUCGGUGCUAACAACCUCACUUUCACGGGUGCCAUCAACGGCGACGUCUACGUGUGGAAGGACCACUUCCUUGUCCGGCUGGUGGCCAAGGCUCACACAGGCCCCGUCUUCACAAUGUACACGACCCUUCGGGACGGGCUCAUAGUGACCGGUGGAAAAGAGCGGCCGACCAAGGAAGGAGGUGCUGUGAAACUGUGGGACCAGGAGAUGAAGCGCUGCCGGGCCUUCCAGCUGGAGACGGGGCAGCUGGUGGAGUGUGUGCGCUCCGUGUGCCGCGGCAAAGGAAAGAUUUUAGUGGGAACCAAGGAUGGAGAAAUCAUUGAAGUUGGUGAAAAAAAUGCUGCUUCCAACAUCCUGAUUGAUGGACACAUGGAAGGGGAGAUCUGGGGCCUGGCCACACACCCCUCCAAGGACAUUUUCAUCUCUGCCAGUAACGACGGCACAGCCCGAAUCUGGGACCUGGCUGACAAGAAGCUGCUAAACAAGGUGAACCUGGGCCACGCGGCCAGGUGUGCAGCCUACAGCCCUGACGGGGAGAUGGUGGCCAUCGGCAUGAAGAAUGGAGAGUUUGUCGUCUUGUUGGUGAACAGCCUGAAAGUUUGGGGGAAGAAACGAGACCGGAAAUCUGCUAUCCAAGAUAUCAGAAUCAGCCCAGACAGCAGAUUCUUAGCUGUUGGUUCUUCUGAACACACAGUUGACUUCUAUGACCUCACUCAGGGCACGAGUCUGAACCGCAUCGGCUACUGCAAAGAUAUCCCGAGCUUUGUCAUUCAGAUGGAUUUUUCCGCGGAUGGCAAAUACAUCCAGGUGUCAACAGGAGCCUACAAGCGUCAGGUGCAUGAGGUGCCCCUGGGGAAGCAGGUCACCGAAGCCACGGUCAUUGAGAAGAUCACCUGGGCCUCCUGGACAAGCAUUCUGGGAGACGAAGUCAUUGGCAUCUGGCCACGAAACGCAGACAAGGCUGAUGUCAACUGCGCGUGUGUGACCCACGCUGGCCUGAACAUUGUCACGGGAGACGACUUUGGGCUCGUGAAGCUCUUUGAUUUCCCUUGCACAGAGAAAUUUGCCAAGCAUAAGCGUUACUUCGGUCACUCGGCUCACGUGACGAACAUCCGUUUCUCUCAUGACGACAAGUACGUGGUCAGCACUGGAGGAGACGACUGCAGCGUGUUCGUGUGGCGAUGCCUGGAAGUGCCAGAGUCCUCUUACUUUAUUGCUGCUGCUGCCACCAGCCAUCGCGGAGGCAGUGAUGAGGUGCCUCCUGGCCGCCAGCUGCUAGGAAAGGCCUACGACACCGCAGGCCGUACAAGCUCCAAGUGCUAGUGAAGUGGAGUGACUGCGCCCAUCGCCUGGAAUCUCCAAAACCCUCAGGCCAAAAAGGAAGGUCAGUUCUAACAAGUUACCACUGCUUGCCUCUGUUCCUGAGACUAAAAACUAAACGUACUAACUACACUGACAAAGAAAUCCUAUCUGACAAUGUAGCCCACUGACAAAAUUUAAAGCCUCAGUUACCCUAACCAAUAUGUAGCUUUUGAUUUGCAUCAAAACUUUUACAAAAGAUGUUUUGCUAGUAUGUUUCUAUAUACUUUAAAAAUGUUCAUUUUUACAAAUAAGGAAGUUGAACAGGACAGCUUAAGUUAGAUUCACUGAACUAGAAAUAUUGAUAGCCUCUGUUCUCCACAUUUAGCUUUCAAAACCAAAUGAGCCAUGUAUAAACAAGUUGAGACACUUAAUUUUUUAACGUUUCAUUUGCAGAGUUUUAUAUCCAUUAAGUGCCUUUGAAAGCUUCCAGGUGUGUGGGCUGCUGUCUCCCCUCCCACAGAUUGUCUCCUUUCUACAUAUGGUGCUAAAAUGUCAAAACUGAGGAGGGCUACAGGACCCUCAGCAGACUCCUGGUCUGUCACCCAGGUCAGGUAUUUAGGUCAAGGCUUCCUAAAUGAAAGACAUCAGUUACCUGCUUGGGAAACAGUGGCUAUUUGAAGUUGAGCAGCAAAGAAACUUAAAUUCAGGAGUCGGAGGGUGGGUGGGUAGAACGGGUUUUCAUCAUAUUGAGUGCCAAACCCACAACAUCCAAAACACUUCAAAUAAAACAAACCUCUACUACGAAACAGAAGGGGAAAAAAAGAAAAAGCUCAAGUAGGUCCAGGAAGGUGAGCUGAUUUAUCUCGUUAAACCUAAAAUGGUGAUAACUGAGGUGACCUGAGGCUGCGCUGGGUUUACCACUCCCCGAGUGGGGUGGGCUUGGCCCCAGUGAUUUGUGUCACGUGAACGACAUAGGUCAAGUCUGUAUUUUUAAAAACUCUCUGCGGAACAAAUUCCUAAGCCCAAAUAAUAUUUGACAACUCAAGAUUAUAAAACAAAAUCAUCUAGUUUAGAGUUCAUCAGAGUUGGCUGGAUGACAGAAUGUGACUUGGCCAGCAAAACCAGAAGGCAUCCUAAACCAGCUCCAUCGUACUUGACACCUGGCCGACCGCUGACAGCGGCAAGGGCUGACGGCACGCUCAGGAAGGCAGGCUGGUGAGGGACUGGGACUCUGAGCACAUACACCAAUUAGUCCUUCUAGUCAGUGAACUAAAACAUUCUGGAUCUUGAGUCGCUGGCUAUUUGCAGUUGUCAGUUUACAGGAAAGGUGAAACAAAGCAUUUUCAAUUAAAUAGAUUAACAAACAUUUACCACAGAAGUGCUUCAGCAUUCUAAAUGGAUUAGAUCACUCAUUAAGCUAUUUUUAUAUGCCAAUUUAUUAAUGCCUUACAUUAAUCCACUGAUAGGUUGUUGGGCCCACAGUUAAGAGUCCCUGUGCAGCCCUAAUUCUGUGUUCUGUAACCAUGUGACUGGUGAUGCUGAGUGAUAACCGUGUCUGCCUAUAUUGUACCACUGACCUUUCAUACUGAUCAGAUCCUGCAUUGAAUAACCACGUGAAGAACAAUAAAUUGAUCAGAGGAUAUGUACACUAUAUUUAAAAAGCAAUAGUGUCUGUGUGUCAAGAAGAGUUCUUAAAUCUGAUUUGUAAACAUUUAUAUGGUAUGGUUUUACAUAUGUUCAUAAAUACUGCACUGUAUUCUGUUAAAAUAUUGGUGCAUGUAUUUAUUUUCAAUUAUCAGAGUAUAAAAAAUAUUUAAAAACAUUUUGGUAUGUGUCAAAUAAAUUUGAUUAUAUAAAUUGUUCUUUAUGUUUUCAAAAUAAAUGUAGCUGUACU